AUGAAUUUAAAUGAUGAAGAAGAUGAAGAUACAUUUUUUACUCAACAUUGUCUUGAAUUAGCUAAAUUAUUACGUACAGAACAAACAGAACAUUUCCUUCAUCUCUACGAUAGUUUACCAUCAGAAUGGAAUGGUUCUCGACUUGAAUCAGCAAAAGAAUAUAUUCGUCAAUUACAAGAACUCGACGAAAACGAAUUUGAACAUAUUUAUCAACAUAAAUUUUCUAACGACGAAAAAUCAAAUCAUUCAAAUACUGUUAUGUCAAAACAAUCAACAAUAAUUCGUACUGAUGAUAAUGAUAAUAAAACAACAAAUAAUCGUAUAACAUCAUUAGCACUUCUUCAACAAAAACAACAUAUUGAACGAACAACCGCUAAUAAUCUUGCAUGUGAUGAACAACAUAAUAUAUCAUCAAAACAUUCGUUAUCUUUAAAAAAGAAUAAUGAUGAAUUAAAUACAAAAACACGACGACUUCAACCAAUAACAAAUAAUAAUACACAUGAUAUGAUAUCGAAUAAUUGUCGAACUCGUACUCCUGUUGAUUCUUUUGUUCAAUUGAAUUUAAAACCAGCAAUUGAUAUUACCGUUGAAGAUUAUAAAAAAACGAGAGUUUCAUUACCGACUACUAAACACAGUAGUAUCAAUAGUCGAUCUUCUCUUUCACAAUCCAAUGAUAUUAAUGAAUCGAAUCAACAGAAUACUACAACACAAAGUAAUAUGAUAAAGAAUCAUAAAAAAUCAAUGGAAAAUAAAUCUCAUGAAGAAGCAACAUUUGGUUAUUUUUUUAAAGAUGGUGAUGACGAUGAUGAUAAUAGAAAAGAUUCUCGAUCAUCAUCAUCAUCACCAAUAAUUCCAUUUUCAAAUUCAUCAACUAAGAAAAAUGAUUCAACAAUAAAACAAACUUUAUCACAUGAACAUAGUAAAUUAAUAACUAAUAAUGAUUUUGACUCACAUGGUUCAUCUAUAGCAACAAAAUCAUCAUCAGAAAAUAGUGGAAGUACUCGAACAGGUUCAGGUUCAGAUAGUGAUGAUGAACAUCAUCAUCAUCAUCAUCAUCAAUCUCACAAAGUCAAUUCAUCAUCAAAUACAAAAUCUUCUCUACCUUCAAAAACGAAAUUCUUCAAUAAUGAUGAUACACCUACAGUAGUGUUAAAUACAAUAAGUGAUAAUCGACCAAAUCAACAUGAUCGUAUAUCAUCUUUACCUACACAAGAUAGUUAUGAAUUAGUUCAAUCGAAUUCAAAUGAUGAUCAUCGUUUAGUUGCUAGUCAAGUACCUCGUUUUAAAUUAUCUUCUAAUGAUGGUUCGUAUUAG